GCUGAUAGGUUCGCCACCAUCUCUCCGGCAGGCAGGAAGUGCGAGAUGGAAAAACGUAGGAAGUGCGGUCUUGAGUAGCGCGUGAACCACGAUCGACAUCGAAGACCGACAACUGUCAAAUGACAAUCUCAUUUGCGAGAUUACAUUCGCGCGGUUGAGAAAUGGCAGCGGAGAUAAAACCCGCCCCGGGAGUAAAUCACGAUAAAUUCAGCAACAGCCGUAAGCCGGUCCUUCUGUCGAAAUUGGAAGGAUGUAGUGACGACGUCAACGCGGCUAUCAUCAUACCGCGCGAAGAGGGUGUAAUCAGUGUUUGCGAUGACAGGACAAUCAGAGUAUGGCUGAAACGUGACUCUGGCCAUUAUUGGCCGAGCAUUUGCCAAUACAUGCCAGCAGGUGCUACCUCCAUGCACUAUUGUAUAGAAACCAGGCAACUGUUUGUUGGUUUAGAUAAUGGGUGCAUAAAUGAAUUCAUUCUGGAGCAAGAUUAUAAUCGAAUGACGGCGAUGCGUGAAUAUUUGGCGCAUCAAGCAAGAGUAACAGGGAUAAUUUUUGCACCAGAUUGCGAAUGGAUCUUAAGUAUAGGGCGCGAUAAGUUAUUUCAAAUACAUAGUUCUGAGACAGGACAGAAGUUGGGCUCAUACCAGACAGAUGCAUGGUACACCGCUCUACAAUUCGAUGCCCAAUCAAAACAUGCCUUUGUAGGGGACUACUCUGGUCAGAUAGCAAUGUUGAAACUCGACAAUAACAGCAUUACCUUUAUUACCACGUUAAAAGCGCAUAGAGGAAGUAUUCAUACACUGGCAUGGGAUUCCGAAAAACAGCUGUUGUUCUCUGGUAGCUUUGACCGAAGCAUUAUCGUCUGGGAUAUCGGAGGCCGCCAAGGCACCGCUUACGAGCUCCAAGGACACCACAACAAGGUGACGGCAUUAUGCUAUGCAAGUGCAGAGCGUGUGCUCUUAUCUGGAGGCGAGGAUGGUGUGAUCGUUUGUUGGAACAUGGCAGCAAAUAGAAAAGAGACAGCAGCUUGGGUUGAAUCCGACACUUGUCAAGCAUGCGGGAGGCCCUUCUUCUGGAACAUAAAGGCGAUGAUGGACCAACGGCAACUGGGACUGAGACAGCAUCAUUGUCGCCAUUGCGGACGCGCGCUGUGCGCCCGAUGCACAUCGCAGCGAAUACCGAUCCCGGCGAUGGGCUUCGAAUUCGAAGUGAGAGUCUGCGACCAGUGUCAUAUACAGCUGAAAUCUGAAAAUCAAUCGUCCUUGGCGUCUUUCCACGAUGCCAAGCACAGCGUUGUCGGGAUGGACCUGGACAUCGUCAGGCGAAGAUUGCUGACCAUCGGACAGGAUCGCGUUAUUAAGAUUUGGGAUAUAUCCGCGCUUUUUCAGUGAAUGUAUGUCGGCAAGGAAAUGUGCGAAAUCAAACUACGCGGGAUAUACAGAGGUGUCGUCGCACUCGGGAGAAUACUCCAGAGCCUAUUUUUGUGAUCGUGUAAUUACGUCUGAUUGCAAGUCGGCCCUUCGUGCAAUGUGAAUCGCUUCGAAUGGCGUACCGAGAUGUCGAACGAUGAUCGGUCAGUCGAUUUAUCCGUGAUAACACACUAGAGCAUGCUUAAUCUAUAUCUAUUUUCUGCAUUAGAUCAAGAUAGUUCGGGAGACGAUGAGAACGCAACGCGCGACUAUGUUGACUUAAUGGUCGUUACGAAGAGCGUCGCGUGUCGAGACUACUUCC